AUGUUCCUCACAGUCAAGCUGCUUCUGGGCCAGCGAUGCAGCCUAAAGGUGUCAGGGCAAGAGAGUGUGGCCAUGCUGAAGAAGCUGGUGUCGGAGCGACUGCAGGUGCCAGAGGAGCAGCAGCACCUGCUCUUCCGAGGCCAGCUUCUGGCCGAUGACAAGCGUCUCUCCGACUACCGCAUCGGGCCCAACGCCUCCAUCAAUGUCAUCAUGCGGCCCUUGGCAAAGUCCGCUCCCGGGGAGGCCCACCAGCCCCAGCCCCUGUGGCACCAUCUGGGCCUGGUCUUAGCCAAACACUUUGAGCCCCAGGACACCAAGGCGGUGCUGCGGCUGCUGAAGCGGGAGCACCAGGAGCGCCUGCAGAGGAUAAGCCUGGGUGACCUGGAGCGGCUGGCGCAGUGCCUCCUGCUAGAGGAGCCGGUAGUGGAGCCCCCGGGGGAGAAGGAGCCUGAGGCCAAGACCUCGGCGCCCCAAGACAAGGAGGAGGAGGAGGAAGCAGAGGAAGAGGAGGCGGGGAAGGCUGAUCAGUAA